GGAUUCCGCUCUGGGGAACGGCUCCCGGCCGCCGGGGGCCGCUGUCGCCUCCGCCUCGCCUCGCCUCCCCUCGCCUCGCCGCCGGGCGCUUCCGAGGGCGGCGGAGGCCGGGCCGCGGCGGCCGCAGGAUGCAGCGGUGGCCAGUGCUGCUCUUCCUGGCCUGGGUCUGCUUUCUCUUUUUUGCUGGUAUCGGGCUCUUCAUGAGCGGUUUCCUGCUCACCCGGAUCGAGCUCGCCAACAGCAGUUCCUGCUCAGACCCGCUCGUGCCACCGCCGUGGGACAAGCAGAGCCUCCCGCCAGGCUCCUGCUGGCUGCCCCGACGCUUUCCCAAGGCCGUGCUGGUCAUCAUCGAUGCCCUCCGCUUCGAGUUCGCCAGGUUUAACCUGGCCAAGGUCAGCCCGCUGCCCUACGAGAACAAGCUGAGUUUCCUGCACCACCUGGCCAGCUCCCAGCCCCGCCAUGCCCGCCUCUACCGCUUCCGAGCUGAUCCCCCCACCGCCACCAUGCAGCGCAUCAAGGGGCUCACCACCGGCUCGCUGCCCACAUUCAUCGACGUGGGCAGCAACUUUGCCACCUACGCGAUCCAGGAGGACAACCUGCUGGCACAGCUGGGGCAGAACGGAAGAAGAGUGGUCUUCAUGGGUGAUGACACUUGGGAAGGACUCUUCCCAAAUAAGUUUUUCCGCUCGUAUUUCUUCCCUUCUUUCAACGUGAAGGAUCUUCACACUGUGGACAACGGGAUCCUGCAGCAUCUCUAUCCCACCGUGGACAGCGGUGAGUGGGACUUGCUGAUUGCGCACUUCCUCGGUGUGGACCACUGCGGGCACAAACACGGACCUGACCACCCUGAAAUGGCUAAGAAGCUCACCCAGAUGAACGAGAUGCUCAGGUCCUUGGUGGAACACCUGGGGAACGACACCCUUCUUCUGGUGGCUGGGGACCAUGGCAUGACAGAGACUGGAGACCACGGUGGUGACAGCGAGAAGGAAGUGAAUGCAGCACUGUUUGUGUACAGCAAAACGCCCCUGUUUGGCACUGACCCUCCUGAGGAGCCCGAGGCCGUUCCCCAGGUGAACCUGGUGCCCACUGUGGCCCUGCUGCUGGGGGUGCCCAUCCCCUACGGCAACAUUGGGGAGGUGAUGGCUGAGCUGUUCUCCGGGGACGGCGAUGCUGUGUCUGCAGCCUUGCAGCAGCUCUCGGUCUAUCACAUCAACGCCAAGCAGGUGGAUCGGUUCCUGCGCUCCUACUCGCUGGUGGCUCAGGACCUGCCAGCAGAGCAGCUCCAGCGCCUGCAGGAGCUCUUCUCCAGCGCUGUGGAGGAGCACACUCAGCUCUUGGCCCAGGUGCAGGGGGCAAUGCUGCCGCCUCCGGAGAUGGAGUCCAGGCUCAGGAGCCUCAUCAGUCGCUUCCAGCUCUAUCUGCGGGAGGCACGGGCUGUGUGCACCCGGUCCUGGGCCCGCUUCCAUCCCCUGCGUAUGGUGGGGGGCUGUGCCCUCAUUGCUGCUUCCUGCUUGCUCUGCUACGUGGCCUCAGAGCUGGCCGCCGUGUCAGACUCUUUCUAUCGCAGCUGCCUUCUUUACCCACUGCUUUGGGGGCUGGUGGUGGCUGCUCUGCUUGGUCUGGCCUGCACAUUCACCCAGGAGGGGCUGGAUCUCCUCCUGCUGUCAUCUUGUGCGGCCGCAGCUUCUCAGCUGGGCUUUUUCUGGCACUGGUGGGGCCGGCAUCCCAAACGAGUCCGUUUGGUGGGCAACCAGCCACCCUUGGCCAGCGUUGGCCCGAGACAGAGGCUGCGAGCGUGGCUGGUGCUGGCCUUCCCCAUGGGCAUUCUCCUUUUCCGCUGUGGAGCUAUGUUUUCCGAUAGCUUUGUGGUGGCUGAGGCCCAGGUGGCCCCAUUCCUGCUGGCCUCACUGGUGACGUUGCUGGUGGGGAAGCUCCACUGGGACGGUCGCUUGACUGUGCCAGAAGGCCCCAAGCAGCAGCUCCUUGGCUUUUCCUCUUACCGGAAGGAGAGCUGGUACCUGCUGUGCCUGGUGGCCGUGCUUCUGGUCUGCGUGCGCCUCUCCGGUUUCUUCCACCAGUGCCGAGAAGAAAUCCCUCAGUGCCGGCCCUCUGUUUUCCUUGCACCUCUUGCCAGCCUGAGAAACACACGGGCCAAGAACCUCUUCUACCUCCUGUGCGUGGCCUUGCUGGCCGGGAUGGUGUAUGCAGUGCGGAGCUGGCUGCGACACUACGGCAACCUGAACAGCUCAGACCCCCUCGUGCUCUUUGUGCGCUGGGGUUUCCCACUGGUGGUCCUCUGCAUUGCCUGCUACUGGGCCGUUGCCUCCAGCGCCGAGGACUCUCUCGGCAAGCUGCAGGAGCUGGUGCAGGUGGCAGUCGUCGCCUUUCCCUGGGCCGUCUACGGGUUGACGUCCGUGGGGCUGCUGCUCCUGCUGUGCCAUCCCAUGACGGUGUUCGCAAAGGACACGCGGGAGUCGGCAGGAUCCAUCGUCACUCCCUACCAGGGGGUUCCCAGCUCCGAAGUGGACUUCCUCCACGUCAUACCUCAGAUCUACAGGAGGAUGCAGGAGUCUCAGAAGAAUCGCCUGGAGCGGGGCAGCUGCAGGGCCAUGGUCGCCGCGUAUGGGCUGGGCAGCGUGUACUCGGCGGCCCUCGUCAUAGCACUCACCCUGCUGGGCUUCCUCUUGAUGCUCCUGCACAGCGAGCGGCUGAGCCUCGCCUUCCUGCUCCUCUUCCUGGAGGCCUUUGUGCUGCUGCACAUCCACGCGCGUGCCAGAAGCCUUGCAGGAGACACUGAGUCUUUUUCAGUGCCCUGGUUUGCCGUCAUCUCCUGGCUCCUUGCUGCUUCCCAGUUCUUCUAUUCCACAGGCCACCAGCCCAUCUUCCCGGCCAUCCACUGGAAUGCAGCCUUUGUGGGCUUCCACCUCGACCACAGCACGAACCUCCUUCCUGCUGUCCUGGUGGGCGCCAACACGUUUGCCUCCCAUAUCCUCUUUGCAGUCGGCUGCCCUCUGCUCCUGCUUUGGCCCUUUGUGUGUGAGAUGCCCAGCUCACAGAAGAAGAAACCCAAAAAGGAGCCCCAGGAGGAACUGCCAGAGGUGGAGGAGCACAUGAUGGAGAUGAGGCUGCGAGAGUCCCCAGAGAAGUUCUCCGCUGCUUUGUUGCAACUGGGGCUGAAAUACCUCUUUGUCCUUGGGACACAGCUUCUGGCCUGUGUUUGUGCAGCUAUGAUCCUCAGGAGGCAUCUCAUGGUCUGGAAAGUCUUUGCCCCAAAGUUCCUCUUUGAGUCGCUGGGCUUCGUGGUGAGCAGCAUCUGCCUGCUGCUGGGGAUCUCCCUGGUGAUGCGUGUGGACUGUGCCGUCAGCACCUGGUUCAGCCAGCUUCAGCUCAGGUAGCGGUGGAGAUCUGGGGAUCCUGACCUGCUCGUCGGCCAAGGCUGUGGUCAUCUCCCUGCUUCCCUGGGGUUGGGGGGGAUACACCAGCCGCCAGCAACGAGUGCCUGCCGACAGCAGUCGGGGAUUAUCUCCAGCUCCCUGCCUCAGCGUUGCACAAAAGGACCGGUGCCAUCUGUUCCCCGCUUGCCGAGACGCUCUGUGGGGAGCAUGCUUCUCAGCGGCUGAGGCUGGAGCUCUUGCUGGGAGUUUGUUAGCAGCAGGAGGAAGCCGGGAAGCAAGAGUCCUGAAGUGCUCCUCUGGGGAAACACCGGCAGGAGGUCUUGCUACCACUUUCCUGACAACUGUCCCCACUGUGCAGCUGGCAGGCUGCAGGGGCCGGCAAGGUGCCUGGAAACGUCACCUUGCCUGAGCAGAGACACUGACUUACUGAAAGGGGAUUGCUGAGGAGGGGAGGGAAGGGGAAGGGAGGAGAGGGAAGGCUAUGACCCUGCCCUCUUUCUGGGUCAUGCAGCCUCUGCUUCUCUCCACGUGCUCAGUUUUCACGCUGGAAUCAAAGUGCACAUGAUUAUACAUGCAGAGGGUUCCUGGGGUCUCGGUGGCAGCUGCUCCACUGUCAAGCCAGUUUGGUCUGUAGUGAGGCCCGUCCCGCCCUAUACUCCUAUAUUCCUAGUCUUUCUCGACACUACUAAGGGCAGUGGGGAGCAGGCUUGGCUGUCUUGUACAGCCAGCAGCAGGCUUAGCUUGUUGGUAGCAGGGAGAACUGUGUCCGUGACUGAGAAACUCCACUGGUGGUCUUGGCCUGGAGGUGUCCACACAGACUGGGCUGUAGCAGCCAGGGCUCCCCAUCUCCUCCUGAGCACGUGCCACAGGAUGCUAGCAGUUUAUUGGGAAUGGUUGAGUUGCAUCCAGACAUAGUGACAGAGCUUUUGACUCACCUCUCUAUUGAGCCUUGUCAAGAGGAAGGGGGAGGCUGGUGAAGCUGUCCUAACUGCAGGAGCAGCCUUGGUGCGUGCUGGGAACAACUGCUUGAAAGCCCUGAGCGGGUGACAACUCCUCUGCAAGGUGGCCUAAGCAGCUGGUAUCUGCAUACGUGCUGAGGGAUGUUUAUGUCACCUUGAUGGGAUCCCACGCACUGCAGAGGAUGGCGCCUGUGAUCCAAUACUUGGUGCUAAUCUCCCUCUUAACCUUGCUUUUCUGCAUGGGGCUUUGUGCUGCAAGCGAGCUUUCUCCUACCUGCUCUUGACUGCUUUGGUUCAGGAGAUGUAUUUCUGUGUGGGCAGGUGUGGGAGACUGUGACCAUGGUGCCUGGCUGCAUUCCAGCUAAAUUCCCCCUGCACUGCUGAUCUGAUCUGGGAUUUCUUACUGCCCCGAACCACUGUGUGGCGUUACUUGGUGCUAUGAAACCUUUCAUCUCUUUUUCCUCUGGAAAGAGCUGGGGGCUGCUUCCCUGGGUUUCACGCUUUGAUUUUUGUUCUGGUCCCCGUUAGGUUUUUAACUCAUGCAUUAUAACUACCCCUGCUUGAGUUCCUCGCUGCAGGCUGCCUGUGUAACUCCCAGGCUCUUCUCCUCUGCCCUUGAGAGUCUCGGGAAAAGCGUCUGGCCGCUUCACUGAUCAUUUGAGUUCUUGCUAACAGCCCCAAGUGCCCAGCAGCUGUAGAAAAUACCCCUUGCGGACAGGUUUAGUUAUAUUUUGCCUGAGCAGAGUGGUUGAUGCUUGCUCAUGUGUUAGAGUGCAAUUCCAGAGAGGCUUACACUGCUCUGAUUUUGGCUUCUGUUGCCUUGCCACCUCCUGACCUGCCUGUGCUCUUCCACCUCAGCCUUGCAUCUCCCCUGCCCUGUGGGCCUGUCCUGCUUUAUUUCACCUGACAAAACCAGGGUCUGUGUUGUAGCUGGCACAGCUGCCUUGGCUGGCUCACUGCAACCUGGUUGCACACUGAGUGGUGCUGGUGCAAGGACAGGGGCAGCAGCAUGCAGCUGGGAAUGGUGGGGACAGGUACGGGGCAACCCACAAUUAGGCUUAAGCAGUUUCAUCCUUGAAAUAGUUUUGUGGCUGUGUACUGUGACUCCUUAGUGGCCAAAGGGUUCUCAGGUACCAUAGGGUUUGUGCUGAGGGGUGAGCGUGCAUUUGUGUGAAGAGAAGGGAAGGAAUGGAGGUAGGAGCUCCCCAGUUAAUUUUCAUUUAACAUUAGGUUAAUGUGUUGCUAACCCCCAAGGCUGAGGCCCCUGUAGGUCUUCUCUUAAACUGGUUAGGAGCUUGCUGCCCAAAUGUCUGUGUGCUGGCAGAGGUCCUUAUGGUCACUAAGGCUGUAACACUGGCCUGUGACAUCUCUGCUGCUGCCACCCAAGCCCCUGGCCUUUGUUCUCCCCCACCUCUUGGACUAGGUCCUCUUUGAACAGCUGCCUUCGUGCCGCCAAGCCUUCCCGUGCCUGUUGUUCAUGGUCAGAGCGCCCAGCAUCCUCUCCUCAGCCCACCGUCUCCCCAAGAUGUGGGCCUCUGUGGUCCUGCCGGGGCUGGAGGCUCGCAGCCCAGGGAGGCCGCGGCAGGGCAGAGGGAACAAAGCUGCAGCUCCCUAAAAACACGCACAUGUGUCUCGCCAGAGACCUACCAGAUGGCAUUGAGUCCCCACUGUGGAAUAUAAAUUCUGACUUUUAAAGUCAAAAUUUAGGCUUUUUUAGCCACUUCCUGUAUUAAUAGAUUUGAGCCUGUGACAAAAGCUGAAGCUCUGUUGGGGCGCUUCAGAAAAAUCAUUCUGCCUACUCAUGCCUCUCCUGAAAUACCAUAACCUCAUUCCCCGAGUCCUCUCACAGAGGUCUAAGGAUGCACUUCGGCUGGGUUUGCUACUUGUGGUAGUGAAACUGCAAGUACAUUGUUGUCACUGUGGACAGAGGACUGGCCACUCAUGCUGGCUGUUCUGCCAAGGGAGACUGGCUACUACACCAAAGAAUUUAGAGUCAAGAAAAGUUUUCCAAGGGCUGGAGCUCCUCUUUCUUUCACUGACAUGUUUAGUCUUUACCAGCCUUCCCCAAUGGCCCUCAAGCUGAUUGUUUGGCUGCUGUUCUUCUGAGUGCGUUCAGGAUGACAGAGUUAACAUUUGUCCAAGGCUUGAUGAUCUCGGAAUGACAACAUGCUGCUGGUGGUGGAACAGA